AUGGGAAAUAUUCUCUGUGGCUGUUGUAAGUGCUCGCUGUCGUAGACCACAGCACUCGUGAUGCGCGGUGCGGCUACGUAGCUGAACCGAGUGGCGCCUUCGCCUUUGCUCCACAGGCGGUCGCUCGCGCAACGCUCAGUACGAGCCACUGCUGCUCGACAAUGAGCGCGACGCUGUAGCCGACUUGUUGCAAUAUCUCGAGAGUAAGUAGGGGCGUCAACAUGAAGCUCGUCGUAGCAUGCAGUCUGAGACAGGCCCACGUUUUCGCUAUCCGCCCAUGAGCAGACAGGGCAGAGACGGACUUUUUCACGGGCGACCCUCUUAGGUCUCUUUCCACCCUUUCAUUCAGCGACAAUGUCGACCUUCAGCGCAGCGCAGCCCUAGCGUUUGCGGAAAUUACGGAAAAGGAGGUGCGAGAGGUGGGCAGGGAUACGCUCGAGCCAAUCAUGUUCUUGCUGCAGAGCCACGAUGUCGAGGUUCAGCGCGCUGCCAGUGCAGCGCUUGGCAACUUGGCCGUGAAUUGUGAGUGGUCACGAUAGGCAGGAAAGGGGUGCGGCGGGCGCUCGGCCAAGGAGCUGCUCGGUACGCGUCCGUUGCACGACGUUGACCAAGUCAUCUCGUCCUACAGCCGAGAAUAAGCUUCUCAUUGUCAAGCUUGGCGGUCUCGAGCCCCUGAUCCGCCAAAUGCUCAGCCCGAACGUCGAGGUUCAGUGCAACGCAGUCGGAUGCAUCACCAACCUGGCAACGCAUGGUGCGUCGGACGCCCAGAGCGCGCUCGAAUGACCAAGUCACUGACAGAGCUGUUCUUCCGCAGACGAGAACAAGACCAAGAUCGCAAAAUCCGGCGCAUUGGUUCCGCUCACCCGCUUGGCCCGCUCGAAGGACAUGCGUGUUCAGAGAAACGCCACAGGUGCACUGCUGAACAUGACUCACAGCGACGAGAACAGGCAGCAGCUUGUCAAUGCAGGUGCUAUUCCCGUCUUGGUCGGUCUGCUGGGAAGCAGCGACACGGACGUCCAAUACUACUGCACAACCGCCCUGUCGAACAUUGCCGUGGAUGCUGCCAACCGCAAGAAGCUUGCGCAGACGGAGCCGAGGCUAGUCCAGAAUCUGAUCGGCCUCAUGGAAAGCUCCAGUUUAAAGGUGCAGUGCCAGUCCGCGCUGGCUCUUAGGAACCUCGCCUCGGACGAAAAGUACCAGCUCGAGAUCGUGCGCAGCAACGGACUGCCGCCUCUCCUCCGCCUUCUUCGCUCUUCAUUCUUGCCCCUCAUCCUUUCAGCUGCGGCAUGCGUUCGCAAUGUCAGCAUCCACCCUCUCAACGAAUCGCCGAUCAUUGACGCAGGCUUUUUGCACCCUUUGAUCGACUUGCUGAGCCACGAGGACAACGAAGAGAUACAAUGUCACGCCAUCUCGACACUGCGCAACCUCGCUGCAUCGUCGGAACGCAACAAGACGGCGAUUGUGGAAGCUGGCGCGGUCGAGCGUAUCAAGGAGCUAGUGCUCAACGUGCCUCUUUCUGUGCAGUCGGAAAUGACGGCCUGCGCAGCCGUGCUGGCUCUUUCAGAAGACCUCAAACCUCAACUACUCGAGAUGGGCAUCUGCGAGGUCUUGAUUCCCCUCACUGCCUCGCCAUCGGUAGAGGUUCAAGGAAACUCUGCUGCUGCUCUUGGCAACCUCAGCUCCAAGUCUGACGACUAUGCGCCUUUCAAUGCCGUCUGGUCUGAGCCAGAAGGCGGUCUGCAUGGCUACCUCGUCCGCUUCCUCGAAAGCGCCGACACGACCUUCCAGCACAUUGCAGUGUGGACAAUCGUUCAGCUGCUCGAGAGCGGCGAUGCUCAGCUCGAGCAAAACAUUCGCGAGUCUCAGCAGGUCUUGCCUCUCAUCCGACGCUUGUCUGACACGCCCGCGGGCAGCGAGCGAGGGGGAUCCGCCUUGGCAGGGCCCAAUGGCGAUGGAGGUUCUGACGAUGGUGGGGACGCGGAAGGCGAAAUUGCCAGCCUGGCCCGCCGAAUCCAAGACAUGCUUCUCGACGAUGGUGGUGCGUCAGCCAGCGCAUCGGAUGCGCACACCGAUGGCAGGUGA